GAAGACAUCAUACAGAACAACCCAAAGGAACCUCCAGCAUCAGCACCAUGAGCAGAACCUUUGCUGUUUUCCUUUGCUUGGCCAUCUUGCUUGGAACAGGGAUUCAAGGAGUCGUGAUCUCUGGGAAGGGACGCUGCAAAUGCCUGUCUCAAGGCUCCAGUUUUGUUCCAAUCAAUCUAUUAAAAAAAGUUGAAAUGCACCCUGUAACCUCUUCCUGUGACCAUGUUGAGAUUAUCGCAACACUGAAGCCCUCUGGAGAGGAGCAGUGCCUGAACCCAGGAUCUAAAAUGGUGCGGCAGAUCUUGAAAAUGAUCCAGACAAAAGGAUCAAAACGGUCAUAAGAGAGACAAAGAAGAUUGACUGGCAGGUUACCUCAAUAGAGCAACGGCGUUUUGAUUCCUGGAUGGAUUUUCAAAGUUUCAAAAAUGCUCUGCGGGCCAAAGUCAGAUUAACUUUUCUUGCUAGCACUGCAUUCCUUUAAAAACACAGAUGCUGUCCCCUGUGUGUGUAUGUGUUGGGUCCGGAAGAGUCAAUACCCUGAAUCUUGCACCUCUGUUUUUGCUGUGAGAACCAGUGCAGUUCUCUGUGUCCCUCCCUGUUCAUGAGGCUCGCCUGGCAUCGCCACUUUGUUCUUUUAAACGCCUGAGUCCCGUUCCUCACGUUCAGUAAAUGCAGGGUGGGAUUUCUUGACAAUAGAGCUAUAGUCUAUUAUCCAAAGACAAGUAAAAACAAAGAGAGCUGGAGGAAAGGGAGGAAAGCUAGUCACAUGGUGCAGGCAUGACUUGUCCCCUUAGCUAAGCAGGGUCCACCCUGGUUGCAUUUGAAAGGGAGACCACAGACCACAGGUGAGCACUGUCAGAUAAUUCCCUCAGGGGAUGGGGAUGCUCUGGGAAGAGCAGAAGGUUUCAAGUUCCCUCCCUGGCUUCUCCAAGAUAGGGCUGAGAGAGAGUCCUGCCUGCAGCCUUGUAGAAGCCGCUGCCAGUCUGGAUAGACAGUACUGAGCUAGAUAGACCAGUGGUCUGACUCAGUAUAUGGCAGCUUCCUGUUCCUAAUUCACAGGCAUGCCUAGUAGCUCUUUUACAACCCUGCCCAGAUAAAUGCGAAGGGCUACUGAUACGGAUUUUAAAAUGGUCUCUGUCACCCCCUACAGGUGGCAUGUGGUAACAGUUUGCGCCUCAUCAUCAUGCUUCCUUUUGCAGCUAGACCACUUCCUUAUGAGCAAAUUUUAUUGCUUCAAGGGUUCCCUGCCUUUAGUUCCCAGAUAUGGUUGGACUACAAUGCCCAUCAUCCCCAGCCACAAUGACUGAGGGAUGAUCUGGGAACCAACUGAUUCUGGGGACCCAAUGUUGGGAAGCCUUGCUCUAACAUGUGCCCUUUAAGAAGCAUGUUUAGGAACCAGCAUAUUUUGCCAUAUGAAAUAAUAGAGACACAGUAGCUUUUAACAAAUGUCACAGAGCACAGAGAGUUAGCUUUGCCAGUAAGGGGAAAAUUAAAUCUCAUAACAUCUAUAAAAUCUGAGAAAGUUUACAACAUUAAACUAAUAAUGUCAUGUAUUUAGGACAGUACAGAUUAACCACACUUUUAGUGCAAUGUACAUAAUUAAAUUUAAGAAAUGUAGUCUGAGCAAAUGGUCAGAAUACAUAGUUUGCAGAAAUGUAACCUGUGCUUGUUUGCAAAGUUUUUCUAAACAUGGGAACUACCUAAUAAUAUGAAUAAAAUAUUAUAAAAGCACAA